AGAUUCUCGUGCAAUGAAGUAAAGAACGUAAAGCAAUAGAAAAAGCAAGGGAAGCAAAGCAGCAGCAGCAGGCAGACAGACAGGCAAAUAAGCAGCAAGCAGCACCAGCAGCAGCAACGAUAGUUUCCAAGUCAAAGUGAAAUAAGCAAAUAAUAAUAACAACAACAAAAAUAACUAAGAAGAAAAAGAAAAACAACGACACUAGAGGUGCGCUACAGAGUGAAGAGAAGACAAAUAAAAAGAAAAAGAAAGAGGGGAAGGCUUACCUUUAAUUGUGUGAAUUUUUAAAUCGAAAUGGCGCAACCUACGAGUAGCGCUUUAAGGGCUCUUGCCCUGGAAUACAAAAGCUUACAGGAAGAGCCAGUUGAGGGAUUUAGAGUGAAGCUCGUAAACGAGGACAACAUGUUCGAGUGGGAAGUGGCGAUUUUCGGGCCACCAGACACCCUGUAUCAAGGAGGAUAUUUCAAGGCGCACAUGAAGUUCCCAUUAGAUUAUCCAUACAGCCCGCCAAGCAUUCGAUUCAUGACAAAGGUCUGGCACCCGAACGUCUAUGAGAACGGGGAUUUGUGUAUAUCGAUUUUACACCCACCGGUAGAUGAUCCACAGAGCGGUGAAUUGCCAUGCGAAAGGUGGAAUCCAACGCAAAAUGUCAGGACGAUUCUCCUUUCUGUGAUCUCCUUGUUAAACGAGCCGAACACGUAUAGCCCCGCAAAUGUUGACGCCUCGGUGAUGUACAGACGUUGGCGCGACUCUAAAGGGAAAGACAAAGAAUAUGAAAACAUCAUCAGGAAGCAGGCGCAGGCAGCUAAGACGGAGGCUGAGAAGGAGGGAAUCGUAGUGCCUCUGACCCUUGAAGAUUAUUGUAUCAAAACGCGAGCUCGACCUGCGGAGCAGCAGUUAGAUAUGACAGAUUUCUAUGACGACGAGUACGAGCUCGACGAUGACGAGGACGAUCAGUUAAGCGCUAGCGAUUACGAGGAUGGGGACGACAGUGGAAAUGGAGAGUCGUGAUCCAUCUCUUGAAAAAAAAUUCUAACAAAAAACUAAUCAA